UGUCAAAAUUAUUGUUUUUGAGGUUAUGUGUGGAAGGAAUUCUUCCAAAAUAGCUUAGAAAUUUAAUUUUAUUGCUGUUAAAAGUCUUAAUCAUGGCAUUAUUCAAAGCUUUAUUAAAUAGACAUCUAUUUUAUAAUGCACCCAGAGUUAUAACACCAGCUGUACGAUUGUCAUCAACUGAUGCAAAACCAGUGGAAAAAGACGACGCCCCAGUAGAAAUCGAAAACCCCUAUAAAAAAGAAACUAAAUUAUGUAUUCUUUGUAAACUGAACAUAACCCCCGACUACAAAAACGUCAGGUUACUAUCACAAUUUCAGAGUCCCUACACAGGGAGGAUUUACGGAAGGCACAUCACUGGCUUAUGCAAAAAGAAACAAGAACUAGUGGAAAAUGAAAUAAAGAAGGCACAGAACUGCGCUUACAUGCCUUACUACUACAAGGACAAGGCAUUCUUGAAAGACCCCAAACUAUUUGACCCAGCUAACCCAGUCCGGUCCCACAGAUUUUAGAUUAGUACCAGUUAUAAAUGUAUAUUAAUAAAAAAA